UUACUGCAUCUUUAAUCUGUAUUCCAUCACGACUUUGUAAGUCACAAAAGGAAAAUGUGCGACCAGUGUUAAUCGGAGUACAAAAUUUUAUAUCUUUCAAAUGAAUUGUACGUCUUUAGUAUUUCGGCAAUCGUUUAAAUUAUAUUAGCAUUUAUUUUAAAAAAAGUUAUCAAAAAUGUACAAGAUUACUAACUUAUAAACAUCAUAUUUGUCACGCUGUCUUAAAAUAUAUAAACUAGUGGCGUUUUACUUUUGUUUGAUUUCAAUUUUUUGGUUAUUGGCUAUAUCAAUUGAACAAUGUCAAUUAAACGAGCAGCAACAACAGAACUUAAUCAUGAUAAUUGGGAUCAAGAAGAUUCUAAUGAACCCGAAGACACAGAGGGAUUUAAAAUGGCACCAAAAGAAGUUUUGGAGAAACGCGUAAUACGAACUGCAAAGCGGCGAUCGAAUAUAGGAAAUAAUGAAGGUCAAAAAAGUGUAUUCAGUGGAUUUGGUGGCUUCAAUAAAACUCAAAAAACAUCAUUUGAUUUUUUGGCCACGUUGACCAAUGGAAACAAAGCCAAUACAACUCUAUCAAGUCCAAGUGUUCCUGAAGGAUCACUGUUUUCAGCUAAACCUUUCUCAACCAGUGCCAAUUCUGGGGCAUUUACUGCUUUAGGAACUUCAACACCAGUGACAUCAUUAGCAAAUCAAUCAUCCCUCUUUGAAAAAUCAACAGCAACCAGUCCUACAGGAAUAAAAUUCUCACUAACUGAAAAUAAACUGGACACUAAAGACAGCCAAAAUGAAAGUCCCUUUAAAAUCCAAAAUACAAGUACUCCUUUGAGUACUUUUAGUUUUGUUCCCAAAAGCAGCCCCACUUCUGUUCCAAAAGUCAGCCCUACUUCUGCACCUACAGCAAAUGCAUCAAAUAAUGCUUUUGUUGGUUCAAGUCCAUUUGCUAAAUCUUCAUCACCGUUUAAAAUGUCAUCAACUACACCAAACUUAAAUAUGUCAUCACCUAAAAAUAAUAAACCAACUGAAAACAAAGAUUCAUCAGAGAAAAAAGAAACACAAGAAACAAAAGAAUCAGGUGGGGAUAAAGAUGAAAUUGAUGAAAGAAAAUUAAAUUAUUAUAAGAAUAUUCAAGGACUUAAUGUAUCUGUAUCAGAAUGGAUUCAAAAAAAUAUCAAAGAAACUCCCAUAUGUAUCCUGUCACCAAUUUUUAAGGAUUACGAUAAGCAUUUAAAAAACAUUCAAGAUGAAUACUUUAAUAACAAAGAAUCAAAACCUAAUGGUGAAAAGGGUGAUUGUAAACAAAAUGCAAAUAGUGAUAUUAAAUCUACUCCUGCUGGAUCUAGCUUAUUUUCCAAAACAUCAACCACUUCUAAUACAAACACAUUAAUACCAGAAAAGACUAGUAAUAUCUUUGGCGCUCCUUCAGCAAAUAUUAAACAAGAAAAAAGUGUAGGCGGCAGUGCUAUACCUUUUGGAUUUGCUUCAAAAACUUCAACAACAACUACUACCAGUGGUUUCUCAUUUGGAAAUGUCUCAAAUACUCAGACACCAACUACUACUUCCAAUACAGACCAAACACCACAAAAAAGUACUGGCUUUUCAUUUGUAUCUAACACAACAACUACUUCUUCUACUGGCAUGCCUUCAAUAUCCACAAAUAAACCUAGUUUUAGCUUUGGAAUGAAUUCAGCAUCGCAAUCAUCUAGCCUAUUUUCAGGAACUUCUACAGGAACAAAUGGUAAUUCAACAUUUUCGUUUGGGACUGGAAAACCAUUCAGUUUUAAUUCAAACAUUCAGAAGAAAGAAGAAGAAUCUGCUCAAAGCAACACCAAUGAGGAUGAAGAUCAACCACCUAAAGUAGAAUUUACACCUUUGGUUGAAGAAAACAGUGUCUUUGACAAGAAAUGUAAAAUAUUUUUUAAGAAAGAUGGCAACUUUGUUGAUAAAGGUGUAUGCACACUCUAUAUAAAAAAAAUUGAAGAAAAUGGAAAACAUCAACUAUUAGUGAGAGCAAAUACAAGCUUGGGGACAGUUUUGCUUAAUAUGAUACUAAGUGUAUCAAUUCCAACUCAGCGCAUGGGAAAAAAUAAUGUUAUGCUUGUUUGCAUACCGACCCCUGAUGCAAAACCACCUCCAACUCCAGUCCUUAUUAGAGUUAAGACAUCCGAAGAAGCCGAUGAUUUAUUGGAAAUAUUAAAUAAAUAUAAGAAGUGAUGAAUACAUAAUUUGAUGUAUAUCAUUAUGACAGCAUAAAUUUCAGUUUUGUUGAUUUUUUUUUACAUUCCACCAUAUAAGGGAUAGGUUCUAACCUAUCGCUAACAAGGUACAUGGUAGAUCCUAAAUACCAUGCCAGUCAUGUAUUUUUUUGAAUAUAUAUAUUUAUAUGUAAUAUAAAUGUUGUAUUAUGAGUCAUUUAUUCAAAAAUGACAAUGUCAAUUUUUUGUUUCAUAAUUAAAACCAUUGUACUAUUCUAAAAUUAUAGAACAUAUGUGGUAUUUAAUUGAUUAACAA